GUGGUUCAUUAAUUCAUUUUCCGAGAAAAUAUGUUAUUGAGGAAAAUAGUUGUGCUUUAGUUUUAAUUACAUUAGAAGAUUAGUAACGAGUUAAUGACUUAUGAAUGAAACUUGGCGUAUGUUUUAUUUAUAUUUAGUGCAUAGAAAUUGAUAAUAGGAUUCUAGCGAGUUAUAAUAAGUACAUAAUUUGAAAAGCCAUUAGCCAUGUCGGAUGCAUGGGAAGAAAUUCAAGCGGUCAAAAGUAAAAGAAAUAGCUUACGAGAGAAGUUAGAAAAAAGGAAGAAAGAAAGACAAAGUAUACUUGGUGCGACUUUAUCAAGUGAUAAAAAUGAAACUUCGCCGGUUAAUACAUCGAGCAAAGACAACGCAGUCGGCAGCCCGGCAUCAACUAAAACUGAAGCUCCCACAGAGAAAGCUAAACCUGUUCCUUCUGCCUCGCUAGAAGUGAGACUACUACAAGUGCUCUCAGACAUGCAGUUGCAGCUGCCAGAAACAGCCAGUGCUUUGUUGCCAGGCUUGGGCGACGUCGACACUGGCAUUGUUGCCAGUUUGUUGCAGAAGUUUGCCACACAGAAACUUAUAGUAAUCAAAGAGAGGACAGAAAGCACAACCGAUGCCAGUAUAGAAGUGGUGAGUGCAGAGUCUGUGAGGCUGGCAGCUGUACUGGCUGCCCUUAUGGAGGAGCAGUCCGCCCCCGCUAAGAGAAAAGGUGAUAAAAAGAUAGAAGAUGGACCAAAUCCUAAAGUUUCUAAAACAACAACUGAUGAAAAAAAGACUACUGGAAAAGAUACAGAUAUAAUGUCUUUGCUGGCAAUGCCCUCGAGUAGAGAAAAAGCAGUGAAAAGAGUAGGCGAAGAAAUUAUGGAUCUAUUGAGCAAACCUACAGCUAAAGAGAAAUCGCUCGCUGAUAAAUUCAAGAGUCAAGGGGGCGCGCAAGUGAUGGAGUUCUGCCCGCACGGCACGCGCGCGGAGUGCGCGCGCGCGCUGAAGGCGUCGGCGGGCGGCGAGCCGUGCAAGAAGCUGCACUUCAAGAAGAUCAUCCAGAGCCACACGGACGAGAGCCUGGGCGACUGCUCCUUCCUCAACACCUGCUUCCAUAUGGACAGCUGCAAAUAUGUACACUAUCAAGUUGAUAACACGGACCCAAACUUGAACGCGCACAAAUUAACCACAGAAACUAUAACGAAAGGCAGUCACAACGGUACCAAUGUAGCAGCUCCUAAACAAGAUGGCGUGUUGACCUUGACUCCGCCACAAUGGAUUCAAUGUGACUUGAGAUUUCUGGAUAUGACGUUUUUAGGAAAGUUCGCGGUUAUAAUGGCGGACCCGCCGUGGGACAUCCACAUGGAGCUGCCGUACGGGACCAUGUCGGACGACGAGAUGAGGUGCCUGGGCGUGCCCCAGCUGCAGGACAGCGGGCUCAUAUUCCUGUGGGUCACGGGACGGGCUAUGGAGCUGGGCAGGGAGUGUCUCAAGCUGUGGGGCUACGACCGCGUGGACGAGCUGAUAUGGGUGAAGACGAACCAGCUGCAGAGGAUCAUACGCACCGGCCGGACGGGCCACUGGCUCAACCAUGGGAAGGAACACUGUUUGGUGGGGAUGAAAGGUAACCCGGACAACUUGAACCGCGGGCUGGACUGUGACGUCAUCGUGGCAGAAGUCCGCGCCACUUCGCACAAACCGGAUGAAAUAUAUGGCAUUAUUGAGAGACUCAGUCCCAGUACGAGAAAAAUAGAGUUAUUUGGACGACCACACAACGUGCAACCUAAUUGGAUAACACUCGGCAACCAAGUGGACGGCGUGCGGUUGGUGGACCCCGAGCUGAUAGCGGCCUUCAAGAAGAGGUACCCCGACGGCAACUGCAUGGCGCCCCCCACGCCAGACCCCGGCCUGUCGUAGCGCUAGACUACGCGCUCUACACUCACAGCCAGCGGCGUGCACAACGGUUUUUACUAGGGUAUGCACUAUAAGUAAAAAUUGGAAAAUUGGUCACAAUUUGUCAUCGGGCCAAUUUUCUAGAAAUAUCUACGUCUGAUAAAGGCUCUGGCCACACACGGGCACAACCACAAAACGCCGCUAUCGGCAUAUAUCCUGUAGUUUUCAUACAUUUUGUAUUGACUCGCCGCAUACGAUUGACGCCGGUGGCCGCCACACGCUACAAUCGUCGCUGAUCGCUUCUUGUGGCCCCUAAACCCCGCCACACGCCAUUCGCGCGAUUUUGAUACUGCAUGUAUGGGUUAAAAAGUAGCAGCCACCGACCAUAAGUGUCGACCACAUAAGUGUCGACCACCGGCCACAAGUGGCUGUCGCGCGCUUCAGUUACUUCUGUGGCCCCAUCUUGUUUCUUGUAGCGGAGUUUGUGGCUGUCAAGUGUGGCACGUGUGCGGCGACACUAAGACCCGAGUACACCGAAAUUCAUUUAAACGGCGUUUACAGAACCAGCCUGUCAAAUAUUAAACGUAGUUUGAACAAGGUGCGUUUUUUUCCUGUUCACCAGAUGCUUUUUGACUCUGGUUUGUAAACCGAGCGAUGGAGAACGACGAGUGAACUAUUUAUGAACAAUUUAUAUAUUAUCUAUAACAGCAUUGCCAACUUGCGAGGAAUUCCCCAAACGUUGCGAGGGAUUUUUUGGGGAAUUACGAUAUGUUCUUUCCUCAAUUUGAGGAGUUUCCGCUACGAUUUGUGAUGUGUGUGUGGAUUUUGAAAAAUACGUAUCGGCAACACCGAUUUUUUAUGUACCAUAUCAAAUUGACAAAUAUUUUUGUUUGGAAAUCGAAGCUGGCAGCAUGCAGUGGCAUAAAACCCCAAAGCUAGGAACUGAUUUAUUUAUGAGAGAAAAUGAAUUGUUUCAGAAAUGAAUAAUAAACUCUUUUAUAAUUUUACGGGUCCUUUGCAUUUUGGUAGUUGAGAAAAUAAUCUUCACGAAACUUGCGAGCGUUACAAAAACAUAACCUACACUUAUAUCAAAGACGUCUUAACCGGGGUAUGCACGCUCGGUUAAAAUAAACGCUCGAUUUACAUAGAUAACCGGCAUAUUGGCUGUGGUGAACAGGAAAUUAGGACUUAACGGCGUUUAAGUUAUUUAAACGAUUGAUUAUGUUUAAACGAAUGUCGGUGAACUCUAACCUAAAUCAGCUAAAUUACGUGUUAAAGACACAUUUGCGCAACUUAAUCGGCUCCGUUUGACAUUAAAUUCAUUGCAUUGUCUGUGUCAAACUGACAUUUUUUUCCAGUAUUUUGGUCUUUAUUGCCAACCUAUUAAAAUAAACAUCAAAUAAAGUGACAAAAUGUAAUUUACGAGUGAUAUCCACUAAGCCCCGGAUGACAUUUUUACCUACCUAAUAAUUAUAAUCUCAAUUUCGUAAAUGUCAACUAGCAAACGACAAAAAUAGUGAAUCAGCGUGCUGAUCUGUUAAAAACUUUUUAAAUUCUCACUAUUAUGGUAUGUUAAUGUUUUUAAACGAUUUUAGAUAUAAUAUCCAUUUUAGAAUAAUUAUUAAAAUAAUUUGUACAGAUUUGUAAAUAAAUAAAAUGUUUGUAAUAUUUUAA